AUGACGAGCAGCGCGCGGCAGAGCAUUUUGCUGCGGCCAAAGCGGCCCCAAUCGCAGACUAACCAGCAGAACAUCGACAAGGAGCACGAUGCCCACGUGGCAGCGCUGAAGGCCAAGAGCGAGAAGUACCGGAUCGUCGAGAGCGAGCUGCGCAAGUCCAUCGCGCCCGAAAAGGACGACAAAUUCUUGAAACAAUCCGAAGUACGUAGCGUGAUGGAAGCUCAGCUGCGUCUCAAGGAGGAGAUGAAAUUGGCGGAAGCAGAGCGCGAGAUGGCGGUUUUCGAGGAGGCGCGCGGCGCCAAGUUCUCUGACGAGGUCGCGACGCGCGAGGAGGAGCGGCAAGCGCGCGAGAAGCGGGACUACCUCAAACAGGUCAUGGAGGAAAACAAGAAGUUGGUCGCCUUGCGGAAUGAGAUGGCGCGGCAGCGGAAGCAGCAGGAGAUCGAAGAAGACCGGGCGAGGCCCUUGUCGGCGAGCCACUGGGACCGCCAGCACAUGCGGUGA